CCUGUCGGGCGGCUCACAGCGCUCCGCCGCCGCUGCCGCGCACGCACCGCUCCCGCUCUGUCCGCGUCCCCGAGCACCUUCCCCGGCCUCUCCGCCGCCCGCCCCAGCCAUGAAGCCGCUCUGCGGGGCUGCGCUGCUGCUGCUCUGCCUUGCCGCCACUGCCCGGAGCUCGUGUGUGUGCGAGAAGAACAAGCGUGUCACCGACUGCAGGACGGACAACAACGGCCGAUGCCUCUGCCAAGCCAUCGGCUCCGGAGUCACCGUGGACUGCUCCACCCUGACUCCAAAAUGCCUGCUGAUGAAAGCAGAAGUGAUGGGCUCCAAGUCGGGCCGUCGUGAGAAACCGAAAGAUGCAUUUGAAGAUACCGAUGGUCUCUACGAUCCCGAAUGUGAAAACAGUGGUGCUUUCAAGGCGAAGCAGUGCAAUGGAACCACCUGUUGGUGUGUGAAUACAGCUGGAGUUAGGAGAACUGACAAACACGAUGCAGACUUGAAGUGCAACCAAUUAGUCAGAACGAUGUGGAUCAUCAUUGAAAUGAAACAUGCUGAGAGAAAUGCUCCUCUGAACGCUGAAUCUUUAGAGAAAUUUUUCAGAGAUACCAUUACCAGUCGUUACCAGCUGGAUCGCCGCUACAUAACCAAUGUUCUGUAUGAAAACCCUUACAUUACCAUUGAUUUGAAGCAAAAUUCCUCAAUCAAAUCAAGUGGAGAUGUGGAUAUAGCUGAUGUGGCCUACUACUUUGAGAAAGAUGUGAAAGGUCAGUCCAUCUUUCAUAAUAAUGCUGGGCUAAACGUCAGCAUUGACAACGAGCCGGUGAAGUUUGAGAAGACAGUGGUCUACUACGUUGAUGAAAUAGCACCAGAGUUUUCCAUGAAGUCCCUGACUCCCGGCCUCAUUGCUGUCAUUGUUGUGGUAGUAGUGGCAAUAGUGGCUGCAAUUGUCGUCCUGGUCCUGACAAGAAGGAGGAAAGGGAAGUACGUGAAAGCUGAGGUGAAGGAAAUGAACGAAAUGCAUCGAGGGCUGAAUGCUUAACUAAAUCAACUGAGGACAAGCCAGAUUCAAACAAGAAGACAACAAAGACAUUGGAGGCAUGAAUCUUAACUCUUAAUUUCCUCCUGAAAAGGAGGCAAUUGUGCUCACUUAAUGAUUGUUAAAACUCUUAACAGCCAAGACUGGUAACCAUUCAACUAUUUUUACUAUUUGUUGAGAGUUAAAUGCCCCAUCUUACUCAAGUAAAACUUAACUAUUGCUCCCUGAUUUUAUUUUUUUUAUGAUGAUGAAACGAGUUGACAAUUGCUGUUACUAGGGUUUUGGAGAAUUCAUGCCUAAAUGGUUAUUUUACCCUUGUGGGAGUUUUAUGGAAAGGAAUGAUUUUGUAGCCAUGUCGUAAUGAGACUGUCUCCUGUGUAAUUGAACACAACGUUUUUAUGGCAGUUUGUACAUAUUUGAAGUUGCUGUAACUUUUUUAUGACUUGAAUUAAUAAAACUUUGAAACAGG